CAGUGUCCUUGUCCCACCUCAGCAAAAGUUGAACUAUGGAGCAUUCAGAGCUCAAGAGCCAGAAGGACACCACGCUGUGGGGUGGUGCCCCCCAGUACGACUACGUCCAUUAUGACAAUUGCACCAGUUAUGGGAUCCCAUCUGAGGAUGGUGGGACUGGAGAUGAUACGCACUACCAGGAGAAGGCCCACAAUCAUAUCCAGCUCUAUGGCCAGUAUACAGAACAGCUUCCCAGUCUUUCUCAGAAGGAAGCAGCUGAACUUCUGAAUAAGAAGUCUCAAGAGUCCUCGAAGCGGAGAAGUCGGGCUGAACUCAAAGAGGAGAGCUACUCUAAGUAUCAUGCCUGUACUAAAAGUAUCAAGAAAUAUAUUACGAAGAAGCUGGGAGAAGACUGGAUAUUCUUGAUUCUCCUGGGUUUGGUCAUGGCACUAGUCAGCUGGGGGGUAGAUUAUGCCAGUGCCAAAAGCUUGCAAGCUUACAAGUGGAUAUACAAAGAGAUGCAACCCAGCAUCCCUAUGCAGUUCCUGGCCUGGGUCACCUACCCCCUCGUCCUUAUCCUCUUUGCUGCCCUCUUCUGCCAGCUUGUCUCUCCACAGGCUGUGGGCUCUGGGAUUCCAGAAUUAAAAACUAUCAUGCGAGGAGUAGUCCUCAAGGAGUACCUCACACCUAAAGCAUUUGUGGCCAAAGUUGUAAGCCUGACAGCUGGCCUGGGAAGUGGGAUUCCUGUUGGAAAAGAGGGCCCUUUUGUGCACAUUGCAAGCAUCUGUGCUGCUGUCCUCAGCAAGUUCUUGUCCAUCUUUUGUGGGGUUUAUGAGCAGCCAUAUUAUUACACAGAUGUCCUGACUGUGGGAUGUGCAGUAGGGGUUGGCUGCUGUUUCGGGACACCACUUGGAGGUGUCCUCUUUAGCAUUGAAGUCACUUCCACCUAUUUUGCCGUUCGUAACUAUUGGCGUGGAUUCUUUGCAGCCACAUUCAGCGCCUUCGUUUUCCGAGUCUUUGCUGUCUGGAACAAGGAUGCAAUCACCAUUACAGCCCUCUUCAGAACAAACUUUCGCAUGGAUUUUCCCUUUGACCUACAGGAGCUGCCGGCAUUUGCUGUAAUAGGGAUCUGUUCUGGGCUCCUUGGAGCAUUUUUUGUUUAUUUUAAUCGACAGGUGGUUUUAAUUGUCAGACAACAUGCUACUCUAAGUCGGUUCCUAACCAAAUACCGCCUCGUGUAUCCUGGGGUGAUAACUUUUGUGAUAGCUUCUCUGACAUUCCCCCCUGGCUUUGGACAGUUUAUGGCUGGAGAAUUGAUGCCCAGAGAAGCCAUCAGCAGCCUCUUUGAUAACUUCACUUGGGUAAAGCACACAGAGGACCCACAGAUUCUGGGGAGAUCUGCAGUUUGGAUCCAUCCCAAAGUCAGCGUCUUUGUCAUCAUCUUGUUGUUUUUCCUUAUGAAGUUCUGGAUGUCUGUCGUUGCCACAACUAUGCCAAUACCCUGUGGAGGCUUCAUGCCAGUGUUUGUGCUGGGGGCUGCUUUUGGACGCUUGAUUGGCGAAAUCAUGGCCUGGCUUUUUCCUGAUGGGAUUAUCUUUGAUGGCUUUGUUUACAAAAUCUUACCUGGUGGUUAUGCAGUAAUUGGAGCUGCAGCUCUCACGGGUGCUGUCAGCCACACUGUCUCCACAGCAGUGAUUUGCUUCGAGCUGACCGGUCAGAUUGCCCACAUCCUACCCAUGAUGGUGGCCGUCAUUCUUGCCAACAUGGUGGCUCAGAGUUUGCAGCCAAGCCUUUAUGACAGCAUCAUCCAAGUGAAGAAACUGCCCUAUUUACCAGACUUGGGCUGGAACCAAAUAAGCAAAUACAAUAUUUUUGUUGAGGACAUUAUGGUGUCUGAUGUCAAAUUCAUCUCCUCUAACUGUAAAUAUCGGGAUCUGAAAGAUGUACUCCAGAACACCACUGUCAGCACGUUUCCUCUGGUGGAUUCUCCAGAUUCCAUGAUUCUAAUGGGCUCCGUGGAGCGAACUGAGCUCCAGGCUCUGCUGCUCAGACACCUCAGCCCAGAGCGACGCCUGCAUCUUGCCAGGGAGAUGCCACAGAAACUGAUUGAAGCAUCUUACGAUGGACACCAGUGGAAGCAUGAAUCAUUCGCUUUUGUGGAUGAGGAUGUGGAUGAGGAAGAAGAGGACAAGGGAAAGAUUGAGCAGCCUACGUUAACCCCUGAUUACCCAGAAGGACCUAAUGGGCCAGUGACUCCUCACAAGCUAGUGGCAGAGGCACCAACACCUCCACAAUCUCCAACCGGAAGAUGUUGGCAGCUGAGGAGACUUAUGGAGCUACUUCUUUGUCUCAGCCCAUCCCCCCAGGGAAAAAGCACCGAGCAGGAUUCAGCAGAGGUUGAAGACCCAAUGAAGACAGAAGAGAUAGAAGUUUGGGAGCAGGAGGAGCUUGAGAAAAAGGUAUGCUUCAGCAGCUGCCGCAUAGAUCCUUCUCCCUUUCAGCUGGUUGAGAGAACAUCGCUGCAUAAGACACAUACCUUGUUCUCAUUGCUAGGACUCACCAAUGCCUACGUAACCAGUAUGGGAAAACUAAGGGGUGUGAUUGCACUGGAAGAGCUCCAGAAAGCUAUUGAGGGGUCUACACGUACUGGGGUCCAACUUCGUCCUCCUCUUGCAAGUUUCCGUGAUGCCGCUCAGACUUCAAGCAGCAAAGAGCAUACCAAUUGGUCGACAAAGAUGUGGAGCAAAGGUACCAGUGAUACAGUCACUGGGAAAUCUGCAUUGGACUCAGGACCAGAGAACUCAGGGGGUCCUAGUUCCCCUGUCGCACAGCAGUCUUCCCUUCCCAGGUAAAGAAAAGAGAUUCUCUCUGCUUCAGAUGCUGAUAUAGAAUUGGAGGACAUAGAAAUUUCUGGCCCAGCUGCUGAGAACAUCUCAGACAUACUCAAGGAUUUGUGCUCCAGAAACCUGGAAGAGGACGAGAAGGAUGAUAAUGAUAUGACAAUAUAAUUGCACCUUGGAAAAAAAUUACCUCAUCCUUCAGCAUAACCUGCCCACCAUACUUACAUUUCAAGGAAAGGCUUGUGACCUGCUUUGCUGGUAUCAAUGGAAGACCAUUCAUGCUGGAGAACUUGUGUGGCUAUGUGGACUGGCUUUCCUCUGCCAUUUUCAGUGGGAUGCAAGAAAGACAUGAAAAGCAAAUGGGUGGAAGGAUCCUACCCUAUAUCCUCUAGUUUUGCAUCCUUUGAUUAUGAUCCCUGUGUGUGGGGGCACAUGGUAUGGCCCCGUUUUCUGUAGGGAUAUAUUCCAAGUGUUCUUCAGGUAAAUCUACCACUUAUAUCAUCAUUCAGCAUGUCAUGACAUUAGCCUGGUGGGGUAGUCCAGACAAGAAGUGUAACCAGGAGUUCUAACUCUUAACUUCAUUGUAAGGUUGCCUUAAGAGAAUCUUGCCAGAGUGAAAGUAUUUCUCCCCUCCUUUUUCCUUGCCAGAAAACCAGGGAAGAUCUCUUCCGAAAAGUUUUCCACGCCCUACUUCCAUCUGAGGGCUGUCUUUUACACUCUGGCUGUCCAGUCUGUGGCUUUUCCUCCUGUUUCCAAAGGUCACUCCCACAUGCCCUUAUGUAUGGCCAUCUUUGUCCCUUUGAGGUGUUCUGAUCUGAGGGAGGGUCAGAAAACUUAGCCCAGGCUCAGUCCUGAUGUAGAGAACUCAUCCCAAUUUGUAAACAAAACAGAAUAUGACAAGUGCUUCAUACCCCCUUUUGUCUUUUUGUAAAAAUAAACUCCAAUCUAUGUUCUACAUGUGAAACUAAUUCACCCCCUCACAAAUUCUUCUUUUUGUCAUUAUAAGCUUAAUAUCUAUUAUUUCUACUAAUUUGCACAUCCUUGUCCUAAAAAAAAUCUCCCAUAUAUUGAAAUAUUCCUCCGAUACUUGUUGCUGGGGUAAAAAUACUAGAAACAAGUCUGACUGAGGAUAUUAUCACCAAAGUAUACUUGACUAAGUAAUAAAGUAACUGCUGUUAAUCCAGAUAGUUCCCCAUCUUGCCUAUGCAGGCACAAUCAUAAACCUUCAAUUCUACCUGUAGUGAUGCAUUUGUCAGAACAUUAGUUUGAUUGAAGACUUUGGAAAAAAAAAAUCAAACCAGAAGGGGAACGUCAAUGAACUCUAAAUGCUGAUGAGCCAAGGAUUCAAAUUAAGGCUGUAUAAAUAUCACUUACAUCUUAAAUAUCCUACUGUUAUUACUUGAAAGAAAUUUCUACAAAUGCUGUCUUAAACAUAUUUGUACCUGAUGACUAAAAACUGAUGUGAGAAGAAAUUGAUGUGUUGAGAAGCAGCAUCAGUAAAUGAAAGAAGGGGUGGCAUUUCUAAGGAUAUAUCUGCAUUUCUUCCUUGUACUGUGUAACUUUUAUACAAAUCUAACAAUAUUGACUCUUUCCAAAGGAAUCCCUAAGAAGAGGGUAAUAAGAAAUAACAAGCACAACUAAACUUAAUGAUUGUUAAUUGGGUUCAAUAACUCAUUGGAAAUAUAUGGCACAUAACCAAAUAAGAAAAAUCCUUGCUUAACCUAACCUCUUGCACCUAUAAUCAAUUCUUGUUUCAGCCAUUGCACUCAGACUGUAACUCUGUGCUGUGUCACUAGUACUGUACAGUACCAGUAGUAUAUCAUCAGCCACUCAGUACAGAUGUGUUAAUUGUUUGAACUAGUGUUUCUGAGCAAGAUUUGGUCUAAUAAAUGGAGAAAAAAAAUGUUAUGAUGAUAAUGGUAAUGAUUUUACAAAAGGUUUGUCAGAACCACAUUGGAAAGGGUUUUUGUUGGGAAUCAUGUCAGUGUCUGAGUGUUUUGAGGCAAUUUGAUAGCCAUGUCCCAAAGUGCCUAUUCAAGACCGAUUAAAUGCAGAUCAGCUUUAUCUAAUCACUGUUUAGUAAUUCUUUCAACAAAUACACAAUUUGCUGGUAUAUACAUUUUAGUGCUGAU